AUCUACGGCGUGCGGAGGUUCGUUUUUAUCGUCUUCUGUUUACGGAUUUUCAGCCUUCCAUCAUUUAUCUUACGUUGGCGGGAGAAUUGAGGGAAUAACAGGGGAGGAAGGCCGGAGCAUAUCAAUCUCGCAUAUACCUUAUAUAAAACCAACCCUACGCAGAGUCUUAUGGUCGAUCCAAUCCAUCUCAUGAUAUUCGACGCUCCCCCAGCUCAUUUAGUUAUGUUAAUGGAGUAUUAACCCUACCGAUAAGAUAUCCUCGACUAGAACUAAAUUGGAAAAACUCUAACGCGAUCUUAAUAGUGUGCAGAUUCAACGUUCUUUAUGACCUAUCCAUCGAAUGAUUAUUAGGAGCUCCGUUACUCCAGCAAAGAUAACCAGCGACGAUCAUCUCGCCAUUAUUACCGUAUUCACCUCACUCCGUAUAAAAUAUCGAUAUAGAAUACCAGCAAAUUUUGUGAUUAUAAAUAUCGUGCAAGAACAAUUCGUUAUUUCUGCAAGUAGAAGAGCGAUACAGUCAUUCUUUUUCUUCCAUGGUAGCGUAUAGCUUGGCUUCUGUGUCGUCAAAUAAUGCAUCGCAUGCUCUUGAAAUAUUAUGUGGAUCGUAUUUCACGUAGAUAUUGUGAGAGGGUAGACUGCCAUUUGGUCUAUACGUACACGUAUACUGUAGUGAUAAAAAUAUCGAAUUUAUCAAGAAUUACGAUAAAUUUUCUACUAUUGUAAAAUUUAGCUAGAAAGUGUAAAAAGUCCCGACGAUGAACAGACGCGAGCUAACGCCUCAGGUUUUUUUUCAGCCAUCAUCAAAGAUCGAUUCGCGAAAGUUGGCGACGACCAUUGGGGUCGAGAAACAGACUUAUUCAAGAUUCAACGAAAACAUAGUGGCGUCGUAUAGUUCAAAAAUCUUACCGAGCUUCGAAAUGCAGGUAUCAUCAUUUAUCAGCGGGAGACAAGUCUGAAUUUAUCAUAGAUUCGGUACGUGACCAGCUCGCAAUCGGCGAAGUAACGUACGACAAGGUGAAACUCAAAGAUUUAAACUCGGCCACCUUCACUUCAAACUUGUUUGGCCCAUAACCAAUUUCGUAAAGAUAAAAUUCUUUUAUUCCGUCAGUUACUUUUGGUCAUCUAAAUUUUUAAAUUAUUCGCUACCGGACUAGAUACCCAAAAUGGAUGAGAAGGACGCCGAUUUCGAAGCCAACGAAUCGCAAACAGACGAUCAGUCCGAGGAUCGAGUCCCAACGGUCGAUACAAAAACGCGGUUAUCAACGAAAUCCGAAAAUCCCGAGGAAUUCGCUCGAGAGGAAUCCAGGAAGUCUAUGAAUAAAGAAUCGAGGAAGUCGAUUGUCGACAACAUCUCCUCAGACAAGGUGUUCGACUCCGGUGGCGAAAUUGCUAGACGAACGAGAAAAAGAUCGUCAUCGGGUCGGGUCGGUUCGAAGAGAUCUUCGAAAUCGAAUAUGUCCGAGCGUUCGUUUGAAUCGUCGAGAAUUUCGAUGGUGGGACCAAGUUCGAAUCCGAGCAGACGGUCGACUCAAUUAAGAAUUGGUAAGGACGAUACAAAGUCCACCGAAAAAUCGAACGCGUCAAACGGCAAGUUGUCGGUGAACGUAAGUGAGAAAAUCGCAGGGAGUGACGAUCGUUCGAUGACGCCGAUCGUCGAGACCAAAAGCGACGGGAAGUCACUUUCGGAAUGUGAUUCGUCGAAGUGUUUCGAAAGACCCGAGAGCCCACCGAAUCCUUACAACGGAUUGAAGUAUCCCAAAAUGCUGGCGCAAUGGCCUCUUCCGGAUCACGAGGAGCCGAGGAUAGGGGUAGCGAACAGCGUCGCGUCCUUGGAGUGCGGAUUUUUUCCAAAAUCUCCGUUGGACCAUUGUUCGUGUUGCCCUAAGGAUAAGGACCCCCUUAAUUGUUGCGCGAAUAUGAUCCGAUCGAAAGAAGGUUGUUGCGUAUCCGAGUGGAUAAGAAAGGAGUUUUAUUACAAGACCAAGUCCAGAGUCGAAAGAGCCAUAACGAGACAUAAAAUAUUUCUCCUCAGAGGAGAACUCCCCAAGCUUCGAGAAGCACUGGAGGAGAGAGGCUGGGUACAAAAGUACGAGGCUACAAAAUCGCGGACGGUUCCAUACGGGAGCGUCCCGAGUUUGGAUACAAUUUCCUUGGGCGAUCUCAGACAAUCGGACGGUACGUUGAACGAGAGAGCGUUGAUUUUUCGUCUGUUACGUCAUCGGGCACCAGAUUUCAUUUGGGAUUGCAGAAACCAUUUCGUUGACUGGGAUUGCACUCUACGAAAUGACACGCUUCUCAACAGGUUCCAAAAGUCCUUCAUCUAUACUUCAAAGCUUGGAAUGGCACACCUUCUCGAGAGCUCCCAUUGGUUCAACGAGGACGGAGUAGCGAGUGUCAAAUUUCCAAAAUGUUACAAUUUAACUCGGGAUCCGGACGCUUUCGUUGAAGAAUUCAGACGCAAUGCGGCCGUGGGACUUCUCAAGUGGUACGUGGAUGAGGUGAAAAAUAAUCGGGAUAUCGUAGACCGUGGAAGAAAUCCUAUCCCCAUCGCGAGUAUCGAAUUUGCCCUGAAAAAAUGCCAGGAUUGGGUUGCGAGCGAAAGAAAUGAGGAUAUCGACGAUCAGUUCGGGGGGAUCGUUACCACCGACGGGGAAUGGGAAGAAUAUUUAAACGAUUACGAGAAAGUUUUACACGGUAACAACGGCGUCAGAAUUACCACCUCGGAAUCAGCAACGAGAACGAUAGAGGAUUAUUACCUGAAAGCUCAUUCGAUUUUGAGAAAAAUUAAGGAAAUCGAUCAUCAGUACGAGCUUUGCGGCAUGAAAAAUAUUUGGAUCUUGAAACCCAGUGAUCUGUGCUGUGGCACGGGUAUCGUGUUAUCGCACAGGCUCGAGGAUAUUUUUCAAAGAGUCAACGGCAGACCGAAGGAUUACUACAUCGUCCAGAAAUACAUAGAACAUCCGUUACUCGUUCACCGAACGAAGUUUGACAUACGACAGUGGUACCUCGUGACCAACACUUUUCCCCUGACAAUUUGGAUGUUCAACGAAGCGUUGCUUCGAUUCAGUUCAAAGCCGUACACCUUUGACGACUAUCACGAAGCGAUUCAUAUCUGUAACACGGCCGUGCAGCAGAAAUAUGACGAAAGAAAAAAGCGGCGUAGAAAAACUGGCAAGUCCGAAGAUUCGGAAGAAGCAUCCGUCCGCGACGAAAACUGGGAUUGCGAAAAGCUGAAUGUUUAUUUGAAAAACGUCGGUUACAAAGGCGAACCGUACGCCGAAAAAAUCUUUCCCAAGAUGACGGAGGCGAUCGUCUCGACGAUGCUCGCAUCUCAGGAAUACAUGGACAAGCGGAAAUGUAGCUUCGAGCUCUACGGGGCAGAUUUUAUGGUAAUGGAAGAUUUGUCCGUUUGGCUCAUCGAGAUAAAUACGAAUCCCCGGAUGCAUCCACCCGGCUUGAAGAUAACGAAGCGACUUUACCCCGCCGUGCUGGAAAGCUUGGUAAAAGUGGUGUUCGAUUUGCCGUUGAAUCCGAGUGCGGAUACGGGUGGUUUUGUCCUCGCUUACAAGCAGAACAUAUCCGAGUUCCAACCCUACCUUGGCUCCUGCAUGUUCGUCUUUGGAAAAGCGAUGAAUCUGCAGGACACGCCUUCUAAAGAAAACGAGAGGAAGUCCCGAGGGAAGAUCUGUAAUCCCUGGGGAAAACAGCAUCGCGCUUGGACCGCACCGCCAGUAAUGCCGCGUGCUAGAGACCCGGGGGUCAUCGAUUUAAUCGACUUUUUGAAAACCACUCGUGGAACUAUUCGGUGAAACCUCCCUUUUCACGCUACCUAUAUAGGUAGCGUCGAACAAGCCGCGCUCCCACGAUCACGUCCACCCGUACCAUAUAGCGUCCGCGUCACGUUCCUCGUGUAGAUUUAACCGGACUGUCGAUAAGGUAAUUCACCGGACGUGACAACCCACGAUGAAACUAUAAUCUUAUAUCAUCUGUAUAGCCGAUGACGCGCGAUAACUAUAGACGCGAAUGAUCCUCUACGUCUCGAGUCAACUGAUCGCCGCAGAUUCCGAACAACCUGCGUUCGAAUAAAGUUCAAUUGCCGUUUGCCGCACUUUCGAGUUGACCCGAUUCGACAAUCGUUGUUCGGUAUCGGCCGCGUGCGUGGGAUGACGAUGAUCUACAAUACACCGCGCGGGAUUCGCGGUAUUUCAAAUAUGUGCGAGCACAAAAUCCAAUCUGACCUUUUCUUAGCUUGAAACCGUAGAGUAACUUUGUAGUAAGUUGAUUGCUAUGUGGUUUUUGCGAAGGUUGCGUAAUCCUUCGUGGAAGAAAACGUUCAGUGGGUCGUUCACGAUGAGCACGAAACUCCGCGAAGCUCGCGGCCUACGGCGCCAAUUUUUUUUCCCUAUUCUCCCUCUCCGUCUAAUGCGAUCCCGAUUACUUAUAGCGCUUAUAUGGCGAAACAACAAUAUCCAAGGGUUCUCCGGUCACCUCUCAUAUCUCGCGGGAUUGGAUUUCGCGCGGUUGCUUUUAGCCGGGUCUCUAGCGAGCGAGGUGAGCUUCGUGUACUUUCAGAUGAAAUCGCCAAGAUUACGCCCGACUACGUUCGGAAUUUGAAAAUGCUUUUUUACGACGACUGUGUGACGAUCCUAACGAUAACAUUUAUUCGCUGCCUUAAUAUCCGUUGCCGAUUACCUUUGGCUAACAAUAAGUAUAAAAAGU